AUGAGGCCAUCCAUUUUACUCUCCUCUCUAGCGACCUUCGCGUCUCUCGCCUCUGCAACCCUCCGAUACCGCGGCGCAGAUAUAUCCUCCUUGCUGGUCGAAGAAAACAACCACAUAUCCUACAAGAAUACGAAUGGGGCCGGCGCAAAACUCGAGACUAUUCUCGCCAGCAACGGGGUAAAUACUGUCCGGCAACGACUAUGGGUAAACCCCAGCGAUGGCGUGUAUGGUUUGGACUAUAAUCGACAGCUUGCGGCGAGGAUGGUGAACGCGGGGAUGAAGAUUUAUCUUGAUAUGCAUUUUAGUGAUACGUGGGCUGAUCCGAGUCAUCAGACAACGCCAUCCGGCUGGUCCACAACAGACAUCGGCACAUUAUCAUGGCAACUCUACAACUACACAAUGGACGUCUGCAACAGUUUCGCUGAACAAAAUAUCCCUCUCGAGAUCGUGUCCAUCGGUAACGAGAUCCGAGCCGGUCUUCUAUGGCCCCUCGGCUCAACUAGUAACUAUCACAACAUCGCUACACUGCUUCACUCAGCUGCAUGGGGCAUCAAGGACUCAAAACUCGCUACUAAGCCUAAAAUCAUGAUUCAUCUUGACAAUGGCUGGUCGUGGAGUGAACAGUCGUAUUUUUACAAUACGGUGUUGGCGGAGGGUCCCCUGCUCAAGACGGAUUUUGAUUUGAUGGGUGUCAGCUAUUAUCCGUUCUAUACUAGUUCAGCUACAUUGGCCUCGCUCAAGUCUACGUUGGCUAAUAUGGCGUCUACAUGGGGGAAAGGGCUGAUCGUUGCCGAGACGAAUUGGCCUUUUGCUUGUCCCCGUCCGGCGUAUGCUUUCCCAUCUGAUCUGACCAGUAUUCCGUUCUCGGCAGCUGGUCAGGCGACAUUCCUCAAGGAUGUGGCGAGCAUCGUGGCAGGGACGAGUAAUGGGUUGGGCAUGUUUUAUUGGGAGCCAGCGUGGAUUGGGAAUGCAGGGCUUGGUUCGAGUUGUAGUGAUAAUUUGUUGGUUGAUUCGUCCACGGAUGCGUUUAGGACAAGUGUGGAGGUUUUUUCGAGUAUUUGA